GGGAAAACGCAUUUGCGUCGUCGUCGAUUGAAGGGAGUGCAAAAGUCCCUUUGGCAUUCCAUAGUCCGUACAACUUGUAGUUUAUAGCACAGUAUUCUGAUAGAGAGUAGGUCAUGUCGCACAGAAAAUUUGAGAGACCAAGACACGGAUCUUUGGGUUUCCUUCCGAGAAAGAGGGCUAGGAGACAACGUGGACGGAUAAAGGCAUUUCCAAAAGAUGACUCAUCAAAGCCUUGCCACCUGACUGGGUUUCUAAGUUAUAAAGCUGGGAUGACCCAUGUUGUUCGUGAUGUAGAUAAGCCUGGCAGCAAACUUCACAAAAAGGAAGUGGUUGAAGCUGUUACUAUUCUUGAAGCACCUCCUAUGGUCGUCGUCGGUAUCGUUGGAUAUAUUGAAACUCCAAGGGGACUUCGAUCCUUGAAAACAGUAUGGGCAGAACACUUGAGCGAUGAGUGCAAACGUCGUUUUUACAAGAAUUGGUAUAAGAGUAAAAAGAAGGCUUUCACUAAAUAUGCAAAGGUCAAAUACGAGCAAGGUGGAGAAGCCAUCAAGAGAGAUUUGGAGAAAAUGAAGAAAUAUUGUUCAGUUAUUCGUGUUCUCGUGCAUACACAAAUGAGAAAAUUGAAUAUCGGACAAAAGAAAGCACAUAUUGCAGAAAUUCAAGUUAAUGGUGGAACGGUGGCAGAAAAGGUAGACUUUGCGACAGGGUUGUUUGAGAAGACUGUUUCAGUUGACCAAGUCUUCUCCAAGGACGAAAUGAUUGACGCUAUUGGAGUUACAAAGGGCAAAGGUUUUGAAGGAGUUAUUCAUCGUUGGGGAGUUACGAGACUUCCUAGAAAGACGCAUCGUGGUUUGCGCAAAGUGGCUUGUAUUGGUGCAUGGCAUCCUGCACGAAUUCAGUUCUCAGUUCCUAGAGCAGGACAAAAUGGAUAUCAUCAUCGAACACAGAUGAAUCUGAAGAUAUACCGCAUAGCAAAAGGAAACAACUUGAAAAGUGGGAGUACUGAGUUUGAUUUGACCGAAAAGGCGAUUACUCCGAUAGGCGGAUUCCCUCAUUAUGGUAUAGUGAAUGAAGACUUUCUAAUGGUUAGGGGUUCUGUUUUAGGACCAAGAAAGCGCGUUAUUACUCUGCGAAAGUCGUUGUAUACACAGACUAGUCGAUAUGCUCAAGAAGAAAUCAAUCUCAAGUUUAUCGAUACUUCAAGCAAAUUUGGACAUGGACGAUUCCAAACUCAUCAAGAGAAACAGCGCUUUUUAGGUAGUUUGAAACCUCGCGUAUGACGCAUAAAGGAAAGACUGCUCAGUUUCGACACAAGUGUUUCUAUUUAUUUACUAGCAACACAAUAGCCGAUACAGCUACUGUGUAAAAGAAACAAACAAACAGAGAAACCAAAUAAGGAGCCGACUGAAGCAUAUUUCCAGACUCCUUAGCAGAACCAACAUACUACACAACACAAACCAGCAACACAACUCAUUCUCUUAGUAUGCGUGUUCAUGUUCUAUGACUUUAUCCAAAUAUUUCUGUAGAAAAGCGUUUCCCACUAGAGAAGCGUAUUCUCGAGCAACUUCCAAGGAUAGAAACAUUUUCUUCUCCGUAUGCGUCAUAUAAUAGAAAUAGUCUUUGUUCUCUUCAUAAUAGUUUCUAAAGAAUUUUGGGUCGUGCAGCUUUGACUUUUCUUUCAGGCUCUCUUUGAACAUGAGUGCUCUCAAGUCGUCUGCGUCCACCAUAGUCACUAGGCUGCCCUCGACGUCCAGACGAAUGCCGUUCAGUCGAAGAGCGUAACCGUCUGCUGAUAUUUUUAUACCUUUAUUCUGUUCUUUUUGACUAGGCAUUCUGCAACCACCAACAAUGCGUGCACCUGACAAUUGACAAAUGGGAAGAUAAUUAUAAAAAGUUUUGGGCAAAG